AUGGCCCAACCGUUCAAAAUCCUCCACCUUCCUACCUUGCCUCUUCAAAAUGUUCUGCAGUUUUUAAACCCAAUCGAGUUAUUCGAAUUAUCUCAAUGCUCCCAUAAAAUGACAUCCAUCGUACCUCUAGCCGGAACAAAAAAGUUUAAGAGUCGCAUUAAUUCUUCAUCUGGCUGCAUCGAAAUCAACAAUUACGUGUUUCGUGUAAACUGUAUCCAUCUCAAAACGGGAUACAAGUUUCGAGGAAAGCGAAAGUUUAUGGGAAUCAUUGCAGAUGUUGCAUAUGAAUCGGAGCACAAGAUAACUAGUUUUUGGGAUAACACACAUAUCGGAUUGAAAAAUGUACUGUUUUACGUCACAAAAGUUUUUGGCUGCCCCAUUAAUUCUUUUAAAUCGUUGUGGAUGCCAGCAGAGAUCCACAACUCAAUUAUUGAUUUUAUAAUCACCCGUCAGUCGGAUAUCGAAACAUUAGAGAUUGAUGCAGAUUCAUUGACCGAUGAAGAUGUAAUGAAAAUAUUCAGAAGUCUUCGAAUCACCGAAGACUUGGAACUGAGGUACAGAUUUUCUAGGUCUCAGGCUAUUCCAUAUAACACCAAAUCAGUUCUGAUUAGCCACUCGUAUUGGAUCACUCCAACUCAUUUAAGUGUUAUGAAAAAGUGUACAGUUAUUAUCCUUAAACAGUCUACUCUAACAGACGACGAUAUGAAGUGGUUCUUAGAAAGCUGGAAACUAGGAGAAUAUCCAAACCUCGAGUACUUAUUAAUCAAGAGUAAUGCACUUAGCAGUAACUUUACGGCAUUCGGACUGCAAUCCCUCCAAAAUAAUGUCGAUCCAAAUGUCUUCUCGAAAGAUAUUCUCGGUAAACACAGAACCAUAUAUAGAACAAUCGACAUCCGACGAGAUGAUGGAGUCGUCUCCAAAAUUCACUUCAACGGCAAAGACGGCACUGUUGAGCUUCUUGUUUUGUAA